AUGUUCAGCCUCUAUAUAGAACCAUCCAGAUUCGAGAUCAAGUCGGACCGCUCUUACCCAAAUGACCCUCUUGCUGCUUACCUUCCUCAUCCUCCACCUUACACCUUACACCUUGCCUUAUCCAUGUUAAAUAUGUGUCGUGCCGAAUACGUGUUGGCUCUGGAAGUCAUCACUGGCAAAAACCUCGCUGUUCCAUCUGGCCGCACCCCCACUGGUCUCUAUGUCCUUGUCACCACCCCCUAUGGUUACUGGAACACCGCCAUCCACCUUGAGAUUCGCGCUACAUUUGAGUGUGAACCAAUGCUCGGUCGAGGCGAGCUUGUAGGUACCGUUGAGAUGAGUUUAAAAGAAUUGCUCGCACAUGAUGAACAAUUUGGAUUAACCAGCAUUCCGGGACCCGAACACGGACAACCAGCACCACCGGCUCCAAACAUUUCAUUGAACAACAAAACCCGGUCGCGGGCAAGAAACGUUGUCAUCUUCGGCGAAAGCGGUUCAGGGAAGAGUUCAGUCAUCAACGCAAUCGCACAAAAAAAGCUCGCGAAGACAUCUGGCGAUGCUGCUGGAUGCACUUCCCGCCAUCAGCGCUAUAAAGUGAACAUUUCCGGCCAGGAAUACGCUCUGUUUGACACCAUCUUUUGGUGUAUUGCGUACAAAGCACCAGAGCCCGUCGUGCCCUUGUUCGAAACUACAACCUAUGUGUACUCCACGAUCUGCCGGAAGAAGGUUCCGAUUGUCGUCGUCGUCACGGGAUUGGAGAACGAGCCAGUUAUAGGCAACUGGUGGAAUACCUACGGGAAGGAAUUCGAAAGUCUUGGGAUGCCUUUCAAAGACCAUGCAUGCGUCACAACGCUUGUUGAAGACACGGGCGCCUCGGACGACUUGAUUCAUCGCAUCGCAGAGUCCCGCAAAGGUUCUGCGCAGACUCAUUGUAGAGAAUUGCUCGGAGUAGGCGGUUGCCGACAGCUUGUUCAGAUAGCCUUGCUGUGA